AUGUGUGUGGCGCACACAGUCUCACUUCCAAGAGCUCACACCCUCAUCCGUCAAUCAGAAGAAAAUGUUGGUCGUGGUGCAAACACAGUUGGAGCGUUGAGUGAUGGAGAUAAGUCGUCGUUCGAUGGUCUCACGGAGGAAGAAAAAAUGGUGCCAACCUGUUAA